UUAAAUUAAUGAGAAACUAUUACCGUUGAAAAAUUUCGUUUUAUACAAAAAAAAACUAGAAAUUAAAGUUGUUUUAAGUUUAACACAAAUGUUUAUAUACUAAUAAGUGAUGGAUAGAACGAUAUUUGGUAAAAAAACAUUAAAUACGCAGCGUAAUCGCGUAGACAGAUUCGUAGCGCCUCGCAACUCAUUCGGUGAGGCGCGGAGGCGUCGCUCUUGGCACGCCAGUUGUGAUAGCACUGUGAACAGCGAUGUUUGGUUUGGGAAACAUUUAAAACAGAAGAAAUACGCAAUUUACUUGGACGACGCGCUCAAUCUCGAGCCGCAGGAAACGAACGGUAUUCACAAACAAUGGAUCCGACCUUGGCCUUGCAUACCGCGGAAGAAGAGCUACCUCUCCUCUGCGGAUAGUAUCCUAGACUUACCCACUUACAGUUACGCCACUUUUCCAGAACUCCUCGAUUGGAGUAACGACAAUAUCCUGGUUGCAGCCCUGGGUAAGAAUUAUCAUAAAUGGAGCUGGAGGAGUCAAAGUCUCAUCAGUCAGGGCUUCACGCAAUAUGAAAUUCAGUGUUGUAAGUUCGACCCUCGGGGCGAACUCCUUGCUCUCGGCACCGAUAUGAAUACAGUGGAGAUUCACGACAACACUUUGAGUAAAAAAGUGUCAAGUAAUCUCUGUCCUUGUCUGAACACCAGCAACCAUUACUGCUCCAUUACUGCGGUCGACUGGAGUCCAACAGGGAAUUCUUUUGUAACUGGCUGCUCCUGGGGUAGCGUGGUGUCGUACAGCCGCGACGCGAAGCUGUGCAGCUGGCGGCGGCCGGUGCGCGCCGCGAUCCUGCUCGUGCGCGUGUCGCCGGACGCGCGCUACGCCGCCGUCACGGCGGUCAGCUCCGCCGUCGUGCUGCUGCUGACGUGGCCCUCGUUGGAGAUAUAUUCGAGUCUCGAUUCUAAUUGGACGAUACGGACAAUGACUUGGCACCCGUGGCGAAGCGCGUUACUAGGUGUCGGAGCGGUGACACCAGACCUUCAAGCGAGAAUUGCUUUAUGGAAUGCUCCGACUUCAAAAGUCCGGGAAACGACCCUUGGCCCCAAGCGGUACAGUCUGGACGCUAUGCUCUUCAGUCAAAGAACUGGCGAACUAGUGCUCAGCUUGUGGAAUUCUGAUAGGGCAAUACUACAUCCGAAAUCAUGUUCCCAGUUGGUUGUGAUGAGUGAUCCUGAGACCGUGGUGGACCAGUGGGGAGAGGGUCGUAGUGGAUUGGACCGAGUGAGGACUAUGGUUUUUAGUCCGGAUGGAACAAAACUUGCGACAGCGACAUCUGAUGAGGACUUGAUAAUCUGGAACUUUCUCCCGGAAGACAAAAGAAAGACGAAGACUAAAUGUAAACGUUUUUCGGCAAUCCCUGUUUACUUGGACGAGGCGAUGCAGGGCUACUCCCUCAGGUGAAGAAACAUGUGAUACCGUCGAGAAGUAACUGGGUGUACUUCGAUAUAAUUAUAUUUCGUUGGCAAUAAAUUUUUGAUCAUUUUUUUAAUAUUGUUUCUAUUAGCACGAAUGGAUUGUCAUAAUCAAAUUUACCUAAAAUGUAUAUUUACUCCUGGCUUGCUAUUGCAUAAACCUAAAAUAGAACCCAAUACAGAUUAGUUUAAAUUAUGGUAUAAAGAUUAUUAUUACUAUUAAGAAUAUUAUUAGUCUAAGAGCCGAGGUGGUCCAGUAGAUGGAAUACGAGAAUCUUAACCGAAGAUCACAGGUAUAAAUUUGGCAAAGUACCUCUUGCACAUUUUGAACAAUAAAUAUUAUUUAGCUUUGUUGUGUUUCAAUUCAAUCCAAUAAUUAAAACAUUUUAAUGAAAAUUAGUUUGGCUGUCCAGAGAAGAGAUACAUCAUAUAAUACGAAUUAUAACACAAAUUUGGCACAUGCAAAACUGAGUUGUGUUCGCCCGGAGUUUUAGGCCGAGACAAGAUCCCAACGUGUUCUUGCCACUGGACUUUCUCGACUCUGCCUUAGUCUGAUUAUAAUCAGCAUGUCGUAGAUAAAGAUUUCACAUUUUAUAGCACGAUCGCAUUGAAUAGGAAGGUACAUACGUUGUUUUCUAGAUUCUAGGUAAUACUUUCGAGAUACGUAACUUCAUUGAAUCGUCAGAGCCUCGUGCCACGGACAUCGCAAUACGCUUGGCUAAUUUAUUCACUUAUUGUACCCGUCCGAACACCAUUCAUGAUCGUACGAACAUUGAAUGCGAGCUAGCAAAUCGCCCGCAGCGAUAUCCGCAUCUCUUAACCUUUUAGUUUCAUCUUACAUUCAUCUUAUACAUAGCUUUUAACCAGGUCUCAGCUUUAGUAUUAAUUAAUUGAGCGCCAAAAUCGAAUUUAAGUGUAUCUCUCCAAUUG